AAAGUCAAAUAAGCAGGGAAAAGAGGAAAAGUGAUGCAUUGAUUUGAUGGGCAUGUCUCAACUCCCACCGUGUUCAGUUAAAUCCAAACAAUGAUGCACAGAAGGUAUAUGAUGAUCUCUUAAACCUUUGUUUUUGUGCCCCACUAUUCCUAGGUGAUUAUGGAGAUCAGUGGGCUCCCACUAGAGCUGUGGCGCUUAAUACUGUCCUACUUGCGUCUUCCUGACCUUGGCCGCUGCAGUUUGGUGUGCAGAGCAUGGUAUGAGCUCAUCCUCAGCCUGGACAAUACUCGGUGGAGACAGCUGUGCCUUGGUUGCAUUGAAUGCCGGCAUCCAAACUGGCCUAACCAGCCUGGCGUGGAGCCUUGGUCAUGGAGAGAAGCUUUGAAGCAGCAUUACCUCUCUUCUAAAACCUGGACCAAAAACAGCCAUGAUCUGGAGUCCUCCAACUGCUUCUACUUAUUCAGGAGGAAAAAGGACAGGCGGGUUCUUUGUGUUGGACCUGGCUGUGAGUUUGACAAUCUGAGGAGUGCCUUGCUUUCAGCCAGCAUGUAUGACCGGAUUGUUCUGCUGCCAGGAAUGUAUGAGGAACAGAGUGAAAUCUUUCUUAAGGCUCCUGUGGAAAUCAUGGGAAAGGGCAAGCUCGGGGAUGUGAACCUUCUAGUGAGCUUUGACCAGCACUGUCCAACAAUGAGGUUAUGCAAUUUGGUCUUUAUGCCAGCCUGGUUCACACCAGUAAUAUAUAAGACAACCUCAGGCCAUGUCCAGUUUGACAACUGCAAUUUUGAAAACAGUCAGCUGCAGAUUCACGCUCCUGGGACUUGCCAGGUUAAAUUCUGCACUUUCAAUCAAUCCAGCAUCCAUUUCCAUAGCGUGGCUGUCUGUAUCCUGGAAAACUGUGAAUUUGUUGGCAGUGAAAAUGCUUCAGUGACAGUGGAAGGAAGUCCAUCUUUGGACAGAAACUGGGCCUGCAAACACUUGAUCCUGUUGGCAAAAUCUCGCUCCGUCUUGCUGCAGACAUCUGAGCCCUCCCAUUGCAAUAUAUCAAAGUUUGAGAGCCAGGGGACUCUUCCAAUUUCAGACAUGAGGACCUGUGAUGUUGUGGUAGCUGAAAACCCAAGUCACAUAUUUCCUGUUUCACAGACUCAAGUGGUGCCAAGGAGAGGCCUUGAGAAGGAAAGAGAGGCAUCUGGGAACCUUAACACAGCACACAAAGAAGAGGCCAUGACUAUAGACACGGAUUCCAGUGACAGUGAACUGAGCCUCAGCAGUGAGAAUGAAGACGAGGAUGAGUCGCUAUACAAACUGCCUUACCAGGCUCAUAGCUUGAGCCACAUGCUGGCCAAGGUUGUCCAUGGGAAGUCAUCCACUGAUGGAUUACCAGCCCUUCAGAGUGACUAUGAGCUAAAACCUUUGGCUCAGGAGCUGCAGCAAGAUAAGGAGGCUCAGUGUCUCGCCAACACUAUGCAAGGAUGCCUUGUGAGGAAAUGUCUUUUCAGGGACGGAAAAGGUGGCAUCUUUUUGUGUUCCCAGGGACAAGCCAGAGUGGAAGGGAGCAUCUUCAGGGACUUGACCUAUGCUGUGCGAUGCAUACAAAACAGUAAG